GUUCAAAAGAAGAUCGUGUGAAUAUUGUGUCUGAAUUAUACUGAAAUAUACUUCUUUAUAUGCCACAAUGGGGCGACUAAAUGUAACUAUGUUGAGAUAUCUGUCCAGGGAAGAUUUUAGAGUGUUGACAGCGCUUGAAAUGGGAAUGAAGAACCAUGAGAUUGUCCCCACCCCACUGAUUGCAAAUAUCGCUAACUUGAAGCAUGGUGGAUGUCAUAAAAUUCUCAAAGAACUUGUUCGCAGUAAACUAAUCAUGUAUGAAAGUGGAAAAAAUGCUGGAUACAGACUUACUUAUCCAGGGUAUGAUUACUUAGCAUUAAAAACAUUAUCAUCAAGGGAUGUGAUUGGUUCCAUUGGAAACCAGAUUGGCACAGGUAAAGAAUCAGAUGUAUACAUUGUUGCCAAUGACGACGGCCAGCAGCUGGUGAUGAAACUCCAGAGACUUGGUCGUACUUCAUUUCGUAAAAUAAAAGAAAAGAGAGAUUAUCAUAGACAUCGUAAAAAUGCCUCUUGGCUGUACUUAUCAAGACUAGCUGCAAUGAAGGAGUUUGCUUUUAUGAAGGCACUUCAUGAGAAUGGUUUUCCUGUUCCUAAGCCAGUAGAUUACAAUCGCCAUUGUGUGAUAAUGGAACUAGUAGAUGGUUAUCCACUGUAG